CCUCGAGCGGUGCUUGAGCCCGCAGUUUGGACCCGCCCCUUCGUCCUUCCCCGCCCGCCUCUGCAGCGUGACUGAGCGGCCGCCGCUCUCUCUCCACCUUCUUUGCCGCCGGGAUCCAUCGCUCGCUCGCUCCCUUAAAUUGCCCGCGGCUGCUGAGGGCGCGAGGAAGGCGACGCGCGGGUCCGGACAAGUCUUUCGCGCAGGAUCCAGGCCAGGUGACACAAUGGAAUCAUUGGAUACAACAAUCAAUAGCUACUUGGAUGUAUGGCUUGGACCAAGAGAUCCCAGAGUAAAAGGAUGGUUUCUCUUGACGAACUACACACCUACCUUCAUUUUCUCUGUCUUAUAUUUAUUAAUCGUAUGGCGAGGACCAAAGUAUAUGCAGAACCGACAGCCAUUUUCAGGCAGGGGCAUUCUAGUGGGCUAUAACCUUGGAGUUACGCUUCUGUCCCUCUAUAUGUUUUAUGAGCUGGUGACAGGAGUAUGGGAAGGAGGAUACAAUUUCUUCUGUCAGGAUACGCACAGUGGAGGUGAAGCUGAUAUGAAGAUUAUGCGGGUCCUUUGGUGGUACUACUUCUCAAAGCUCAUCGAAUUUAUGGACACUUUCUUCUUUAUAUUACGAAAAAAUAACCACCAAAUCACAGUUCUUCAUGUGUACCACCAUGCAACUAUGUUGAAUAUUUGGUGGUUUGUUAUGAACUGGGUGCCUUGUGGCCACUCAUAUUUUGGUGCCACUCUUAACAGCUUUAUUCAUGUCCUCAUGUAUUCCUACUAUGGACUAUCUGCUAUUCCAUCUAUGCGUCCAUAUCUCUGGUGGAAGAAAUACAUCACUCAGGGACAGCUGAUUCAAUUUGUUCUGACAAUCUUCCAGACAAGCUGUGGGGUCAUUUGGCCUUGUUCAUUUCCUCUGGGAUGGUUAUACUUCCAAAUUGGUUAUAUGAUUUCCUUGAUUAUCCUUUUCACAAAUUUCUAUAUUCAGACUUACAACAAAAAAGCAGCCUCCAGAAGGAAAGAAUAUCAGAAUGGUUCUGCAGCUGCUAUGAACGGGUACACAAAUAGCUUUUCUUUUGAGAACAAUGUGAAGCAAAGAAAACAAAGGAAGGAUUGAAGACCAAACUGAGAAACUAUUCUGAUAUCCCAGGCAACAACAACAACAAAAUCUGAUUGUAAGCACAAUAUGUGUUGUGCACUGAUAACUCUUGACAGCAACUGUAACUAUUCCUGCCUAGAAUAGUGUCGAUUUAUGUAGGAUUUAACCAGUGCAAAACAUCCUAGAAACUAUCCAUAAGCUAAAGUUGAUGACGUUGAUAAUCCUGGAUGACCAUAGACUGAAGCAUAAACUGUGGAAGGAAGUAUUAUUGUAGUACGACAGACACUGCUGUUGCCUUACUAGUCAAUAUUAUAGGUGCUGAAUUAGGAUUCAUAAUUACAAAACUGUAAUUCAGACUCAUAUUUUUAACUGUAGAUAGUGCAUGUUAUUGUAAUUUGUACAAGGAAAUUUAAGUUUUUUUUUUUUUCAGUAGUUUAAAACACACAUGCCUUAAAUUAAAAUAAAAGCAGGGCCCAAAUCCUAUUACCAGUUUGAAAAUGUAUGGAACUAUUUCAUUCUAAGGGAGCAGCUUCUCACAGGGCAGAGAAGCACAGGGUCAUGGAUGAAAAGUUCAGAUACAUAUACAUGUUGGUUUCCCUUUCAUUCAAGCGUAUGGCCUUGUUCAUUUCCUGCGAAGUGAUUAUACUUCCAAAUCAGUUAUAUGGCCUCCUUAAUUACCCUUUUCACAAAAGGCUAUCUUCAGGUGUAGAAUAUAGAAAUGUAUAUUCUAUCUACUAUGGAAGUAGUAACUCAGAAAAGGCAGGGCCCUCACCUGUAAACACUUCAUGAACACCAGGUGUCAUUGGCGCAGUAUGUGAACAGCCUGUUUUGAGGGAGGCAUUUCCUUCAGCCAAGGUGCGGCAUUGUUUAAUUCCUUUCACAAAUCAAAGAGACACAGUGUGCUGUCUGAUGUGCAAUAGUAGGCAGACUCACACUUCUAUAUAAGUUCUGUUUGAAAUGAAACCAUUGCUGAAAUAAAUGGCCAUUUAGUUUUGUCAGGACUCGCUAUUUUUCUUGUUUUAUUAUAGCAAGUCUGCAGCAGUUUGGCUUUUAAAACGAUUUUUGCUCAAUUAACGUUUCAUAAUUAGUAAUGGAAACUUCAGUUUUGCUUAGGCAGUGUCUGGAAUGGGAUGCUGACUCUCUAAGCAUUACUGGAUGCUUGGGGAGGCCAGCCUGGCUUUCUCCCACAAAACGUUCCCAGUGUUGCAUCCUGAAAAUGUUGCGGUUUCCUUUCAAAACUGCCAGUGACAUCUGAGAUGGAACCAGCUGUGAGUUCUUCUUAACCAUUUCUCCUGUUGAGGAAGGCACAGCUAGUUCCUUCCCCAUUUCAUGGCUAAGUCUUUCCCUCACUUGAAAAAUCAUAGACUGAGUCUUCAGGUUGGACCAUGGCAAGCCAGCUAAAGGUAUCUUGAUUAAAUUGUGAAACAGAUUUCUGAACAUGGCAGAAGUUGAGGGACGUCCCUAUUCUCAUGAUUGACUGCUUUGUUUCAACCAUACUUCAAAGCUGUUCUUGGGUAAAUCAAGCAUUUGCCCUUUUCCCCUAGUUUUUGUUGAUUUGUUUGUUACUGCAAAGUUUAAUAAAACUUUGGGAUGAACCCUGGCUUCUCCCCUUCCCUCUGCAGUAUUGAGGCCAGAGUAUCCUUGAGGAUGAAUAGCAUAGAAUAUGGGCUAGGGCAGAGAAGGCUACAUCUGUAAAGGGAAACUUUUCUGCAAAAUUGGGGAUGUGCCCCAGUGCAAAUAGAAAGCCUUCCAUUCACACAAGCAACUCCUGGAUCCAACUCAUUGACUUUAGAAAUGUGCCUAUAGUAAAUGUUUUCUGGUUUUUGCCUUUUCAGAGUGUUGCAUUAGCUCAUGUCAGACUAUAGUUAUAUGAAAAACCCUUGGAACAAAAUGAGGUUUGUUUCCUUAUUGUCCAUUUCUUCUCUAGUUUCUUGUGUUGUUUGAAAUUUAUUUUAGAAAUGUUUGUUGAAAUCUCUGUUUGUUGUAACCAUUCCCUCCCACAAACCACAUACAGACAUUUACAGUGUUGGUUGAUAAACAGGUAUCUGUAACAAAUGUACUCUGUAAUAUGGUGGAGUUUUAACCUGUUAACAUGCUAACCGUACUUUGUAUCAAGCCAUUCAUUCCCUUAGUUCUUGUCUCCCCAAGUUCAUAUGAUUAGAGUUUAUGUUUGUACAGAUAUGAGUUUACCAUGUUCUUGCACAGCUGAUGUUUGAGAUUAAUUAUUAGUUCUCCUUUUAGCUUUGCAGAUUUGAGUUGUUUCUUCUUCAGUCAGUCCCUCCCCACCCUCGCCCCCACCCCACUUGUUUUUGAAUGAGACAGCACUGGUUUACUUUGUGUGUAUGUAUAUAAGUGUGUGUGUGUGUGUGUGUGUGUGUAAUGUUCUCAAAGCUUAUGUGUACAUGUCUUGGUUUCUAGGUAUUGAUUUGCAAAGUUUUCACAUAUUUCAUACAGCAGCUUUACCAUUCAAACAAAAUAUGCUGUCUAAAUAUGUGUUGUGCUAAAAAUAAAACAAAACUAGCUUGUCAGAAAUACCUGCAUUGUUAUGUUUUGUGUUUAAUCAUUAAAUCAUUCUUGAUACCUGUGCUUGUGUUUUAAUAUAAUGACACUUUAAUAGACGUGAUGGAGCUUUGUAACUGUUAGCAACUUCAUCUGUUAGUACCUGUAUUUUUACAUAAGACAUUUCAAUUUUUUUUUCCUUACACACAACCAGCUACCGAUGAAUAUUUUUCCUUUUUGGUAAUUCCAGGAAUAAUUAAGCCACAAGGUGAAUUUUUAAAUUGUAACCAUUUUGCAACUUUUGAAACGAAAAAUUGAACAACAUUCAGCAUGAUGUAUUCAGCAUUCAGCAAACUGACUUUGAAAAUUUCUCCACUUUAAUUUCUCUCAUGUGUUUUUUCCAUCUAGAUUAACCCCUCCUCCCCUGUUGUUGCAUGGAGAAGAAAGUUCACAUUGGCACUCAUAAAAACUUUCCUCUUGUUGCAAAGAGCCCCCGAUUCCAAUUACAACAACUGGAGGAGGAGGGAAAGGAUUGAAAUGUCCUUUUGCCUCCUCAUCCUGGUUUGAAAUAGUGGUCCUGUGCUUGUUACUUCCAUUUGCACCAUAUAGUAGUUAAUCGUCGUGUGAAUGGUUUAGUGAAUGGCCCUCUGUUAAUCAUCUAAAAAUUUCAUACAGGAGAGCUUGGUUUCAGUAUAUCCUUUAUGUUUUUGCAUUUUAGUUACAAGAGUUAGUAGGCUUUUUUCUAAUACUCCAAAUAAAAAAUUCACUCGUUAUUUUGGAGUUGCUCAAUAUCGAUAAAGAAUGUUAUUUGGGUCAGAAAACUGGGUCAAGUAUAAAGUCUAAAAGAUUUGUAAACUGCAGAUCACAGGAGGUUCUUUACUGAUGUCCAGAGCUGAAGCAAAAGUGAGGGUUUCUAUUUAGGCCUAUUUGCAUUUUCUUUUUAUUCUUUUCUCUUUUUUUGCCCUGGAUUAAUAUUUGUGACAAGGCAUCUUAUAAUAUUGAAAAGCUCACAGAACAGUUUCUAAUAGUCAGUACAGUGACAGAUAAUUGCCUACUCUAUGUUUAGCUGAUGUUUUAUUAAAAUAUUUUAAUAAAAA